ACUUGUUUGACUUCCUCCUUGGAGCUGUUCUUAAAAAGCGCAGCAGCACCGGUCACAUUUUCCAGCUUUCAGCACAGCAGCAACUUCACUUUGAAGCAGCCAAGCAGUCCGACCUUGCUUUUGUACUGAAAGGGUCUUCCUGUCGUUGCGACCUGGCACCAUGUUUCCAAACGAGGAUCUGGAGUGCAUCGUCUGCUGCUGCGAAUACUCCCGCAGCAACCGCGUCCCGCGGCUCCUCCACUGCAACCACGCGUUCUGCACACCUUGCCUGGAAAAAAUAUCCAUCCUGGAGGGGCCGCUCUGCACCGUCACCUGCCCCUUGUGCCGCUGGAUCACCUGCACCAGCGCCAGGCUGACGCUGCCCGGCUCCCUGUGGGUCAACACUGAGAUCUGGGACCAGCUGCCCAACCAGCCUGAGGACAGUGACGAGGACUCUACCCAGAAAGACACAGAGAUGAAGGACAGUCCGUCCACAAAUUCCCAGUCAAGGCAGUCUGGUUUGAAGGGAAAAUUUGAAAACCUGCGGCGAGUCUUCAAAGGCGGCGUGAAGCAGCAACAAAGACACAACUGCUGAGCGCGCCGCCGCAGCUGGAACCACCUGAAGGACUAUCAUCAAAACCUUAUGGAUAAUCACGCCGGCGAAGGCUGGCGUGCUGAACAGCUACCGGAGACGACUUGUUUUCUGGAGAUCUUCAGACAAGGAGGACAUGUUGGUACACAUGACCGGCGCACACCCACAUAUGUUCGGCCAUAAAAAGUUUUACAGUCUAGAACUUCACUGUUCUGGACUGUCUGUGACUGCAUUUUUCUACGUAAUCCAAUAAUUUAUUGUAAAUAUUGUCUGAUUUAUAUAGACGCUGCUUGUUCCUUUGUGAAUCGUGUUGUCAGAUGUGAUCUAAGGUCUAAUCCAAAACAAGAGGAACUGGAGGAUCUCACUUUAUUGAUCAAAGAAUCCGCUUUAUUUUCUGCUGGAUGGUCUUUAUGUACAUUUUUAAGUUAAAUAACAAACAUCUGUGAAGGAAGUGGGACAUGAAGAAAUAUUUCUGACAUGCUCAAACGUAUUACCGAUUCAAAUGGUCUCAUACUGGAUUAUCUAAACACUUAUGUGACUAAUUCUGAACAGAAAACAAAUUCAGAUUAUUUACAAUAAAUUCUGUUUUUAUUUAAACUGAUGUUCCUACAAAUUCAAAUGUAAAAAGUCAACAUUGUUUGCAUGUUUAAUGUUUGACAAACAGGAAUGAGGCUGACAUAUUAAAUGUUUGUAGUCCUUUAAUGGAAUCACUAAGUUUACUAUGACCUUCGUAAAUCUUCUCAUGUCAGGAAUUUGAACUGUAAACAACUCUAAAAAGAUUCCUUUGAAAGACUUUUUACUAGAUGAAGAAAACGUGUUACCUCCUUUCCAGUCGCAUAGAAGCCUUUUUAAGGAAACUGGAAGUUAGUCACAUGAGUUUAAUGAUGAUUAAUGAAAGGAAAGGAUAGAAUUUACAAGAAAAUAUAUGCCGGCCUAACUGGUUUUGUUGAGUUGUGUGCUAAAGUAUCAAUAAGAAACCAAGUUCCUGCUCUGGUUUGUAUGCGUACGCUGUCACUGUCUUGUAAUCUGAGUCUAUGAAGGUCACAAAUACAAUUGUAGGAGGAACAGGAAACUUCACAUCAGGAGCAUUGGACAGAGUUUUUAGGAAUUGUUGGAAGUACGAGCCGUGAAUCUGGACAUCCUGGACCAGCAGGAGCAGAGCUGAUGGGACAGAUAACAAUGUCUGCAAUGCUUAACACCACCAUUAAAAAGGGAUCCUGACCCUAAUGAUUCUGAUGGCUUUGGUGGCCAAAGAAGGUAAACAUGUGGUCGUUUGGUGUGAAAGCUGUGAAAAGAUUGUCCUGAUUUCAGCUCUCAGUCGAAUCAAAUCUGUAAAUAAAAACAAGUAAAUGU